AUGGCUACAAUUAGUCCUCUAUACGCUACCAGUGAUGAAAUUGAAGCCAAUAUGAUUGCAAAGGUGGACUGCAAGGAAGUACUAGACAUCAUAUGUAAUCUGGAAUCUGAGGGUCAGGAUAACACAGCAUUUGUUCUUUGUACGACUUACCUUACCCAGCAGCUCCAAACGGCCAGUGUAUAUUGUUCUUGGGAACUGACUCUCUUUUGGAGUAAACUGCAAAGAAGAAUAGAUCCAUCUUUGGAGACAUUCUUGGAGCGCUGUCGGCAGUUUGGUGUCAUAGCUAAAACACAGCAGCAUUUGUUUUGCCUGAUUAGAGUCAUACAGACUGAAGCACAAGAUGCUGGUAUUGGUGUGUCAAUUUUACUAUGUGUCAGAGCUCUUCAACUCAGAUCAAGUGAAGAUGAGGAAAUGAAAGCUUCAGUCUGUAAAACAAUUUCCUGUCUUUUACCAGAAGAUUUGGAAGUUAGGCGAGCCUGUCAGCUUACAGAAUUCUUAAUUGAACCUAGUCUGGAUGGAUUCAAUAUGCUGGAAGAACUGUAUUUACAGCCAGACCAAAAAUUUGAUGAAGAAAGUGCACCAGUUCCAAAUUCCCUCCGAUGUGAGCUCUUACUAGCUUUAAAAGCUCACUGGCCCUUCGAUCCUGAAUUUUGGGACUGGAAAACUUUGAAACGACACUGCCACCAACUCUUGGGACAAGAAGCCUCAGAUUCUGAUGAUGACUUAAGUGGCUAUGAAAUGUCUAUUAAUGAUACAGAUGUCUUAGAGUCAUUUCUCAGUGACUAUGAUGAAGGUAAAGAAGAUAAACAAUAUAGAAGAAAUCUGUCAGAUCAGAAUAAAGAGAAAAGAGAUAAAAAGCCCAUUGGUUCCUCUGAGAGGUACCAGAGAUGGCUGCAAUACAAGUUCUUCUGUUUGCUGUGUAAGCGGGAAUGCAUAGAGGCCAGGAUUCUUCAUCAUUCCAAGAUGCACAUGGAAGAUGGAAUAUAUACCUGUCCAGUUUGUAUUAAAAAAUUUAAGAGAAAAGAACUAUUUGUUCCUCAUGUAAUGGAACAUGUUAAAAUGCCACCAAGCAGAAGAGACCGUUCUAGAAAGAAAUUACUGUUAAAAGGCUCUCAAAGGGGUAUUUAUCCCAAGAGUCCCACUGGAAGUUUGGAACAAAAUCAGUCAUUGAGUGAACAAGCCAAAGGAGAAUCUCAUGAAUAUGUCACAUUUAGUAAGUUAGAAGACCGCCGUCUGCAAGACAGAGACUUGUACCCAUGUCCCGGUACAGACUGUUCCCGUGUGUUCAAACAGUUCAAAUACUUAAGUGUGCAUCUUAAAGCUGAACACCAAAACAAUGAUGAAAAUGCCAAGCACUACUUGGAUAUGAAAAAUAGAAGAGAGAAGUGUACUUACUGCCGUAGGCAUUUCAUGUCUGCUUUUCACCUGCGAGAGCAUGAGCAGGUGCAUUGUGGUCCUCAACCUUAUAUGUGUGUUUCUAUAGAUUGCUAUGCAAGGUUUGGAUCAGUGAAUGAACUCCUUAACCACAAACAAAAGCAUGAUGACCUUCGUUACAAAUGUGAAUUGAAUGGCUGUAAUAUUGUGUUCAGUGACUUGGGCCAGCUUUACCACCAUGAAGCACAACACUUUAGGGAUGCAUCCUACACAUGCAAUGUCCUUGGCUGUAAAAAGUUUUAUUAUUCCAAAAUUGAAUACCAGAACCACCUCUCAAUGCAUAAUGUUGAGAGUCCAGAUGGAGAAUUAAAGAAAUCAGUGAAACUCGAGGAACCUGCAGCAGGUGGGAAGCAAGAUUGUGUGGACCAGCCUCAUCUCCUUGACCAAACUGACAAGUCCCAUUCUCCUGAAGACCUUCUUUUCUGUGCAGGAUCAGCCAGUGCUCACAUAGACACCACAGAAAACCUAAAGGACAACAGCGACAGCAAUUCAAGUGAUCAGUUAAGUCACAGCUCUUCCACUUCAAUAAAUGAGGAAUUAAUUGACACACUAGAUCACUCUGAAACCAUGCAGGACCUAUUACUAUCUCAUGAGAAAGUCUUUGUACCCUCCAGUUUAAAAGAGAAGUGCUCCAAUGUGGCCAUUUGUUUUGAUGGAACUAAAUUCACCUGUGGUUUUGACGGCUGUGGAUCCACCUACAAAAAUGCAAGAGGGAUGCAGAAACAUCUGCGGAAGGUGCAUCCAUACCACUGCAAGUCAAAAAAGGUAAAGACAAAAGACCUCUUUACCUGCUUGGGUGACAAACAUAAUCAAGCUGACAAGUUUGAUACAGAACCUAAACCCAGCUCUGAUACCAACAGUGACUCGCCAGAUGAAGGUCUAGAUCACAGUAUCCAUGCUAAAUGCAAGCGAGACCAUAGAAGUUAUUCCCCUGAACCUUCCGUUUGUGCUUCUAAAAGGCCAUGCACAGAGGAUACAAUGUUGGAACUUCUGUUACGAUUGAAACAUUUAAGCUUGAAGAACUCAAUAGGCUCUUGCUCAGGGUCACUGCAAGGGUGCCCAUCUAGUGGUGCUAAGUCUCUUCAGUCAGUCCCAGCUUCCAUGUCAGACCUUAACCUUCAGAAUCAGGAUGAAAAUAUGCCAAGUCAGUACCUUGCACAGUUGGCAGCUAAACCUUUCUUCUGUGAGCUUCAAGGAUGCAAAUACGAAUUUGUGACCAGAGAGGCUUUACUAAUGCAUUAUCUUAAAAAGCAUAAUUAUUCUAAAGAGAAGGUCCUUCAGUUAACCAUGUUUCAACACCGCUAUUCCCCAUUCCGGUGUCACAUCUGCCAAAGGUCAUUUACAAGAAAAACACACCUUAGGAUUCAUUAUAAAAAUAAACAUCAAAUUGGCAGUGACAGGGCAACUCACAGACUGUUAGACAGUGAGAAAUGUGAUCAUGAGGGGCCAUGCUCAGUAGACAGAUUGAAAGAUGACUGCUCUGCAGAACUUGAUCCCAACAGUAACUCAGAGACGACUCAGUGUCAUUCUAAAAAAGAUGAAUGCAGCUCAGAAACAGACUUGGAGUCUUCUUGUGAGGAAACAGAAAGUAAGGUAUCUGGCAUUUCAUCACCAAUAGGCAGCCACAGAGAAGAGGGAGAGGGGAGAGAGGGAAGAGGAAGCAGGCGGACUGUUGCUAAAGGAAAUCUGUGCUAUAUUUUGAAUAAGUACCACAAACCAUUCCAUUGUAUCCACAAAACUUGCAACUCUUCAUUUACCAAUCUAAAAGGCCUGAUUCGCCACUACAGAACUGUACAUCAGUACAACAAAGAGCAGUUAUGCUUAGAGAAGGACAAAGCAAGAACCAAAAGGGAACUCGUAAAAUGUAAAAAGUUAUUUGCUUGCAAAUAUAAGGACUGUAACAAGCGUUUCCUGUGCUCCAAGGCCCUUGCUAAGCACUGCAGUGACUCUCAUAACCUAGACCACAUUGAAGAGUCUAAAGUGCUUUCUGAGACUGAGUCUGCGGCGAGGUUUUCUUGUAACCAGCCUCAGUGCCCUGCUGUUUUUUAUUCAUUCAGUAAGUUGAAACACCACCUGUUAGAACAGCAUAAUAUUGAAGGAGAAAUCCAUUCGGAUUAUGAAAUCCAUUGUACUCUUAAUGGCUGUGGCCAGAUUUUCAGCCAUCGAAGUAAUUACUUCCAGCAUGUCUACUACCGACAUAAGGACAGUUAUGACAACCUGUUCAGCAGUCAGAAAGUAGCAAACGAGCGACUCUUAAGGAGUGAAAAGGUGUGUCAAACAGCUGAGGCACAGGAGCAGACACAGACGGAGGGACAGACACAGGGACAGGAGCAGGAGCAGCAGACAGCUAAAAGGCCAUUUAAUACUAAAGCUAAAAAAUGUGGCUUAUUCAAAGAUAAGAAAACUCCAAUUAGCUUUAAAACAAGAGCAGAAGCUAUCCAUAUGUGUGUUGAGCAUUCUGAGCACACACAAUACCCAUGCAUGGUUCAGGGAUGCCUGUCUGUGGUGAAGCUGGAGAGCAGCAUCGUGAGGCAUUACAAACGUACCCAUCAGAUGAAUAGUGCCUAUUUAGAGCAGCAGCUGGAGAACCUUGUGGUUUGUGUUAAGUAUGGUACCAAAAUUAAGGAGGAGCCCCCUUCUGAAGUAGAGCCCUGUGUAAAGAAAGAGGAAAAUACUAGCUGUGAGUCAGUACACACAGAGCAUUCCCCAGGGGACAGCAGUGUGCCCCUCCAGAACACUGAUUCCACUUGCCCAGCUGAACAGGAUGGUGAUCAGAAAGAGUGUGUGGAAAGAAACCCAGUUCUUGAUGCAGACACUCUGCUCUACAGGGGAACUUUGAAAUGCAACCAUACUUCAGAAACCACCCCUUUGGAACAGUGUGACACAGUUCAGUCUCCUCCCUGUAAAAUAGAAAGCCCCAUACCUAAUCCCAGCGGGACAGAAAGUAGUACUUACUUCACAGACUUCCAGCUGCCUUUAACAAGGAUCAAAGAAGAACCUGGGCAGCAUAGUUCAGGGCAAGAAAACACUGUCAAGAAUGCAACCCAGGUCCCAAAAGAGAAUAUUAGGAAGCAUUCUCAGCCCAGGUCAUUUGAUCUGAAGACUUACAAACCUAUGGGAUUUGAAUCUUCCUUUCUGAAAUUUAUUCAGGAAAGUGAAGAGAAAGAAGACGAUUUUGAUGACUGGGAGCCUUCAGAGCACUUACCGUUGAAUAACUCCUCCCAGCCCACUAAUGACUUGACAGGGAAUGUUGUGGCAAACACCAUUGUGAAUGACAGCGACCCUCAAGUUGACAUACCUCAUUCUUCCAGUGACCCUCCAGUUGCAGAGAACCUGAGUGCAGUCCCACCAUUAGUAGUCGCUGAAGCAGCGGCGGUCCCUUCCUUGGAAAACCUGAGGGUCGUACUGGACAAAGCAUUAACAGACUGUGGAGAGCUUGCCUUAAAGCAGCUUCAUUAUCUCCGGCCUGUGGUUGUCCUUGAAAGAUCUAAGUUCUCCACACCAAUUUUAGACUUGUUUCCAACUAAGAAGACAGACGAGCUUUGUGUAGGAAGUUCCUAA